AAUUGUUACCCUGAAACUAGAGUUUGGUUUUUAUUUUGAUCUUCUCCCUCCUGAGAAAGCUUUCUUUCCAACGGUUGAGACCCUCAGUCUUUCUGGAGUUCGGUUCAAUGAGCAUCAUGGUUGUUCGUUCAAAAGGCUUCUCUCUGCUUGUCCAGUGCUCGUGGAAUUACUGUUGCAUGAAAUCAAAUGGGAAUAUUGGGAAUGGUCUCGCACUGUGUCAAGUCCGACCCUUAAGAGACUUACCAUCAAGCGUGGAGAUUUUUUAUGGUUUUGAAGGUUCUGAUUUUGGGAGCAUCACGUUUGAUACUCCGAGUCUUGUCUUCUUAGAGUACGUUGACUUUGUUCCGGAUGAGUAUCCAUUUGUUAACUUUGACUCGCUUGUCGAAGCUAAGCUCGAUCUUGUUUUGACGGUACAUCACACCUGGAAUGGAGAACUUAUAAUUGAUUCUGAUAAUAUUUCUAGCAAUCCAACGAAUCUGUUGAAGGGGUUAAAGAAUGUUCAGAUCCUGGCCUUAACUUGUAGCAGUGUCGAGACAUUUUAUUUCUUCCGUGAAGCAAUCCCGGUGUUUGAAAACCUACAUCAUUUAUCUAUACUAUAUGGAUUCUGUUGGCAAAUUUUACGGGUUUUGCUAAAGAAGUCCCCAAAUCUGGAGACUCUCGUCAUCAAGGGUUCAUUGCACGAUAAUCAAUGCAAACCUGAAUCUGUUUGCGAGUGCAUGUCAGGGUAUUCUUGCUUAUUGUCAUGUCCUGUGAAGAUCUUAGUGAUAACCAGGUACAAGGGAACUAAAGGAGAAUUGGAGCAAAUGAAACAUUUCCUAGGGAAAUUGUCAUGUCUUGUGUUGGUGACAAUUAGUUUUUGGACAAGAGACGACGACGAAAAGUUGCGACUCACCACCGAUUUGCUAAUGUUACCUAGAGCUUCGGUUAACUGCAAGAUCCAGAUCAGAUUUUCUAACAAACUCUUGCAGGUGUUCCCACUUAUCUAAGUCUUCUCUUAUCGUCGGUUGUUUAAAUUUUGGUUUCAUCAUUGUCUUGCAUUAUUGGGUUCAUAUGAUGAUCUUAUUCCAGAUGACAAAAUGUUGCUUAGAAGUUUUAGCAAAGAACAGAAUUUAGCUACAAGAAAACAACCGCAUCGUAUAAUCCAGCGGACAAAUGUGUAGUGGUGCAUCGUAUCAACUGAAUUAUCUACUUUAAUU